AUGGAAGAGCUCUGUCUGCAGUUUGGUAGCGGAGAAGCGGUGAGCACAUUUGUUUUCAUGGAUUUUGAAACCACUGGUAGAGUAGCUCAACGCAGCGAGUAUCCACGAAUCACGGAAAUGUCGUUCAUCAGUGUACCACGUGAAGUGUUUGUUCGUGGGCAGGCAAGAAUGAAGGAAUUAUCCGAUAUGGUGGCUAGCGAGAGCUUGUAUGUACGACUAGCAGCAAAUGUCCAUUCACGUCAACUGAAUCCUGAGCUGGACGAAAAGCACUGGACUGCUUACGAAGCCUCUCGAAUAGCUGGAAAAAUUGCCCACAAUGGUUUAGCGUUCGACUAUCGUGUGUUAUAUGGAGAACUGAAACGAUGUGAUUUCAUUGAUAAGGACAUGGGAAUCCCAGACGGCGUGAGCGAGUUCACGUCGUCUUUCAUCGAUUCAUAUUUGGCCAUCCGAGAACUUGAGGAAAGGCAUCGCACUGAACUUCAGCAGGCGACGAGAUUGGUUGACUGGAAAAUGCUUUCUGAGCAAGUAUGCCUGAGUAGGGUUCCAGCUUGUGAGGAUAUUCCAGCUGCGAUUGAAGAGGACGCUAAUCGGAUUGCGCAGGUUGAUCUCAAAGAUCUGGAGGGACACUUGGCACAGCAGCAGUGUCCCGUGGACCCGCUAACUCCCACUCGCCCUCCGCCUCCCCGUGGAACUCUUAGUGAACCGGCAAAACUUUCCGGUCGUCGCCGUCUUUUUGACAGCGAGCUGCCUGGAAAUGAUCAUCCGCUUUUGUUUUUGAAUACGGAAGACUGGUCCCCAGCAAAACGACGUCGCGUUCGCCCGGAGUAUUUCAGGCGUUUGGAGGGUGGUCGCUGGGAUUUCAAUCGCACUGUGGCUCAAAUGAACACUAAGAACAAGUUGACCACAAUUUAUGAGACGGUGUUGAAGAAGCAGUUCACAGCACAUUACGCUCAAGAUGACACUGAAGCUUUGAUGCAGGUGUGCCUCGCGUAUGGAAAGGAAUUCGUGGAUUACGCUGACAACAAAUCUGCAGACUUUCCCUUCUGA